UUUGGCAUCUUGCUCCAGGCGAACGGCGCUCUGCUCUUGCUCUUGCUCUUUGCUGCUGCUGUUUUUAUUUCUCCCACAGACACCGGAUAUACGGACAUACGAAGCCGAAGCGCUCUCUCGCCUUUCUCACCGCCGCAAAAAGAGGGACGACUCGAACAGGAGAUCUGUAGGCGAAGCAUCACCGCCAGAUGGCCAGAGCUUGAGCCUCUUCGCCCAGCCACACCAGUCACCGCAGGAUCUCUCGAUAAAAGGAACGCAGCUGGAGGGUAUCGCUCGGAUUUGCCCUCUGUGAAUCUGUCUUUCAACAGGCCGCUCACACCAGACCCUUUCGAGCCUCUGCCGAUACGAUACCACGCCUUUUCCCACAACAUCACGCGAGCUACAUGCCACCGUCGCCAUGAGUUCCUGGUACUCCAACCUCGUCACCAAAACCUCGUCCCAAAUCUCAAAUCUCCGCUCUACCCUUCUUUCCAGCGAGGCCGAUGGCGACACCGAAGACGACACCCACGUCUGCCGCGUCCUGCGCAACUACUACACCGAAAAGGGCCGUCAGUUUCCCAACUGGCUGCCCCCUGACCCAAAGGCACCGCCGCCACAGAUGACCCAAGCUGUAUAUGCCCAAUCGCAGGUCGGCUCGCGCUACGGCGGGCUUGGUGGGCCUCAACAACCCGGCGCUGGAGGGCUCAGCAGUCUAUGGGACAACGGUCCUGCGCAGCCCCCGCCGCCGCAAAUUCCGCAGAGCCUGCGGGCUGGACGACCGGCGACGACGCAGCCCGGGCCAUCUUCGAGAGACGAGCUGCUUGGGAGAGGACAAGCACCUCGUGCGGGGAGCUAUUCUGGACCCGGCCCGGCUCCGGCUGGAUCGGCGCAGGAUCGUUUGAAACAGCGGCUUUGGGGAACCCGCACUACGAGCCCGUCUUCUAGCAACGGUAACGGGCCCUUCCAGCCACCACCAGGCGGAGGCUCAGCUGGUGCAGGUGGUGGUCACCAUUCUCAAGGCAGUUAUGAGGACAGGUUUGCACCAGGAGGAUCCUAUGACAGUGCUAGGGGAGGAGGCGGUGGUGGAGGUCAGCCAUUUGUCGGAGCAAACGCCCCUUGGUCCAGUGACGGUAAUCCUUACUCAGGAGGAGGAGGAGGAGGAGCUGCGAAUGGAGUACGAAGAAAAGGGCUGCCCAGUGGCCCACGGGGGUAUAGAUGAAGGCGGGAAGAUGUGCUUUGUCUCUUUUUAUAUGAUGUAUAACGUCUAGGUCAAUGGUGCGUAGUGUAUAUUCUUUUCUUUCAUGUAGCUAGUCUUGAGUUGCGUGCUUAUUGUCGAUUUCAGCCAAGGCUCGCAAUGUAUAAUGCCUAUUAAUGCUUCUUUUUCUU